GCGGCGCUUUGGUAAAGCUCGAGAGGAAAAGGAGCGGUUCGGAGUGAGACUUCAGGAAUCACCGGACGCCCGGGUUUGCCCAGUGCGCGGCGGCUGCGCGCGCCGUCCACAAGGAACCCUCCAUUCAGAAGAAAUGCUGUGGUGCUUCCCUUUACCCACACGAAAUGGAACCCAAGACACUAUGCAGCUGAAGAAAAAAUUACCGCCUCCUUACAAAUGAGAGAUUUUCAAGUCUACAUAGUUUCCAACUGCAGGAAAAUAACCAUCAGCUUCUCCACAGUGUAGAUUAGAACAGGGGAAAAUGAACAUUACUAACUGUACCCCAGAAGCCAGUGUGGCUGUGAGACCCAAGACCAUCACUGAGAAGAUGCUCAUUUCCAUGACUCUGGUGCUCAUCACCACCCUGACCAUGCUGCUAAACUCGGCCGUGAUCAUGGCCAUCUGCACCACCAAGAAGCUCCACCAGCCUGCCAACUACCUGAUCUGUUCUCUGGCUGUGACAGACCUCCUGGUGGCCAUGCUCGUCAUGCCCUUGAGCAUCAUGUACAUCGUCAUGGACAGCUGGAAGCUGGGGUACUUCAUCUGCGAGGUGUGGCUGAGUGUGGACAUGACCUGCUGCACCUGCUCCAUCCUUCAUCUCUGUGUGAUUGCCCUGGACAGGUACUGGGCCAUCACCAACGCUAUUGAGUAUGCCAGGAAGAGGACCGCCAAGAGGGCCGGGCUGAUGAUCCUCACAGUCUGGAGCAUCUCCAUCUUCAUCUCCAUGCCCCCUCUCUUCUGGAGGAGCCACCGCCAACUCAGCCUGCCCCCUAGUCAGUGCACCAUCCAGCACGACCACAUCAUCUACACCAUUUACUCCACACUUGGGGCAUUUUACAUCCCCUUGACUUUGAUACUGAUUCUCUAUUACCGGAUUUACCGUGCAGCCAAGAGCCUUUACCAGAAAAGAGGAUCAAGCCGGCACUUAAGCAACAGAAGCACGGAUAGCCAAAAUUCGUUCGCCAGUUGUAAACUGACACAGACUUUCUGUGUGUCUGACUUCUCCACCUCAGACCCUCCCACAGAGUUUGAAAAGAUCCACACCUCCAUCCGGAUCCCUCCCUUUGCCCGUGACCUAGAUAACCCGGGAGAACGCCAGCAAAUCUCCAGUACCAGGGAGCGCAAGGCAGCACGUAUCCUCGGACUGAUUUUGGGUGCAUUCAUCUUGUCCUGGCUGCCAUUCUUCAUCAAAGAGCUGAUUGUAGGUCUGAGCAUCUACACCGUGUCCUCUGAAGUGGCCGAUUUUUUGACAUGGCUUGGUUAUGUUAAUUCUCUGAUCAACCCUCUGCUCUACACAAGUUUUAAUGAAGACUUUAAGCUGGCUUUCAAAAAGCUUAUUCGGUGCCGAGAACAUACUUAGAUUGUAAAAAGCCAGAAGGCAUGACUUUUACCAGCCUCGUGAGUGCACGGGGGUAAGGGGUGCAACUUAUUAAUUCUUGAACAUAGUUGGUUCAGGAGGUUUGUAAGUAUGUGUGGUCUUGGUUUUUGUUUGUUUGUUUUCUGUUUCGUUUGAGGCUUGUUAUUGGGUGUGCUGUUUUCUACCUCUGGUCUUAUUUGUGGUACCUACUUGCAAAUAAACACUAUCAUACAAAAACAGAAAUUUCACAGGAGUAAUAAUAAGGUAAAAUAGUAAAUACUUUUUACUUUUUUAGCCAUUUCAGUUAACCCUGCGAUUAAAGAAUACCAAAAUAAAUCUUCAUUUGGAGAAUUUCUUAUUACUUAUAAAUCAAAUAUCUGAUAACUUGCCCUGGUGUGUGGCAUUAAUUCUGAGCAUAUGGAUCCAGAUGCUUACCGAUUCCAGUGGAAAUUGCAUGACCACAUACAGCAGUAAAAGAAAAAAAAGUGGUGUGCUGUCAUCUACUGCUUGCAGACCUGAUCUAAAGCCACUUAUUAUGAUUACAUGGCCCACUCCUUUCCAGCACAAAUAGUACAGCUGGCAUGUCUUCUUAGUUCAUGAUUAAAUACACAUCCUCAUUCUCUAAAAAGAACUUGGAAUGAAUGUACUGGCACUUUCCUAGGUCUUUGACUAUGAAUGUGAAACAUAAGCAAAUAGUAUUAUAAAACAA